AUGGAGGACCCCACCAAGCAGCACCACGACCCCGACAUCCUCCAGGGCCUCAUGGUCGGCCAUGAUGCCCUGAAUCUCUCGCACUCGGAUUUAGAUGAUCCUUCGAAGCAACCCAGCCUUGCCUUUGGGGACUCGCUGCUGGACCUCCACUUGGGCGCUGACCUGUCCGCUGCCCAACCAUCCCCAUUCCUUUGGUCAUCAUCGAUCGAACCCCACGCUCUAUCCUUCUCAUCGUUCACUGCAUCCCGACUGGCCAGUGACCAAGAUGCCUGGAACCCACUGCAGGUCACCGGUGUGCCAGGUAAUCCUUCUUCUUCCCUGUUAUCUAUGAAUGUUGCCGUCGGAGACGGCUUCUCCCAAUACAACUAUCACACAGCAUCGGAGUGCGGUAGUCAGUAUAUAGGCAGCUUUCACUCGACAGACUCGGGGUAUGACACUGCUAGCUGUGGCACACAGCCGGUUGUGAAGUCUUCAUACGGCGUGGAUGAGAUCUCAAGUCCGCAGAUCGACGCUAAAGACCAAACUACCUUUAUCAAUCAGUCUUUGUCCCAACACACUGCUAACUACGGCAUCGCUUCGGAUUUGAGCAAUGUGCGUUCACAUGAUGGCCCCUUCAAAUGUGGUCAUCCGUAUUGCUCGUGGGUGGGCAAGUGUCCAGCGGACAAAAGAAAACACGAUGCUCGGCACCGCAAGCUCUUCAAGUGUGAUGAGUCUAACUGUACCCGUACAGAAGGGUUUGGCACCAUCAAUGACCUCGCCCGCCAUAAGAAAUGCGUUCACAAUAAGAAGCCUGAGCGGGGCCCCAAGAUGGUGUACAUGUGUUUUGGAAAGCAAUGUUUUCGUCGGGACAAGACAUGGCCGCGCUUGGAUAAUUUUAAGCAACAUAUCACACGGAUGCAUGGCGAUGAGGACGCAGACUUGUUACUCAAGAGGUCUAUGGAUUGGUAUGAGACUGCCGCCACCUGCUCGGAUACGCAGACUGUCGAUGAAACGGGCUCACAGGGUGAACCCAUGUUCGACACACCGCAAAAUCUGGCAUCCGCUCCAUCCGUACCGGAAAAGAUAACACUGAGCCGAGUUUCAUCACUCGACAGUGAUAGCGAAUAUAAAAUGAAGCUCAUCAAUGCAGCCCCAGAAGCAUUUUUAGCUGGCGCGGCCGACAAUCUGAUUAGGUCUAUGACUAGGAUUAUAAGCAGCCGCGCCCGCAAGGAAGGUCAAAAAUCCAAUCAGGGAAUCAAUUUGGAGACCGAUAGCGCGCAGUUAUCCAAACUUCAACGCCAUAUGCUACAGAAAGUGCUGGCAGCAGCGCUGGAAAGGCUCUCGGACGAGAACGCCGCUGCAGAAGAUUCGGAGAAAACGCGAGGCUGGUUUCAGUGUGAUACUUGCCCCAAACGCACUCGACUCCGUUGCGAGAUGAAAAAACACCAAAAACGCCACGAACGUCCCUACGGCUGUACAUUCCCCCACUGCCCUAAGGCCUUCGGCAGCAAAGCCGAUUGGAAACGCCAUGAAAGCUCUCAGCAUCUCCAUAUCCAAAGCUGGCUCUGCACAUUUCACGACUCGCAAACAGGCGCCUGUUGUGAGAAACUGUUUUAUCAGCAGGAUUCUUACACGCAGCACCUGCGCCAGCAGCAUGGCGUUCCCGAAUCCGGCAUCCGGGCCUCGGUCUGCUCAACCCGCCUUGAUAUGGCCAACCAGUCACAGUUCUGGUGCGGAUUCUGUAACCACACCGUCUCGCUUCGGAAUGACGGCCAGGCAGCUUGGGAUGAGAGAUUUGAUCAUAUUGACUCGGAGCAUUUCAAGAAAGGGGAGAGGGGCCAGGAUUGGUGUUUUCCGUUGGUUGGUGCGAUCUUUUUGUUAGAUCAAGGUGGUCCUCUGGAUGAGUGCCCUAGUUCGGCUGGGCCCCAGCAGGAGGGGAACCGGAGGAAACGCAAGUUGGCAGCCCUGUGA